GGGAGCGGACGUGGAUAGAGUCGAUUCGGCAGUACAUGUACAAUUCCGAAACUUUUCAUAUGCUUGUGUCGUGAUUAAUCUGUGUUGUGAAGUUUGAAAGUGAAAAUUGGUAUUUAGUGCGCGUUGCCAAUAAUUUCGGUUGAAAAUAAACGUAAUACAUAUUUUAGUUGUACGCUAACCGGCGCUUCGCUGGUUAGAGUAACGCUUCCUAUGUACUAGACAUUGAUCCGCUCAGCUUUUUGGAUUUAACAACAGAUAUUGAAGCCGACAUCACUGCCACAAUUGAAAUACUUAUAAAUAGUAAUAAUAACACUUUUAAAGAUUUAGUAAAAAGUGUUUAAAUUGUGUAAACAAACCUUAAUUUAUAAUACAAGAGCAAUGCACACAAUCCCAUGGCUCUCGCUGAAGUGAAGUGACAGUGAAGUGAAAGUGCAGGCCAAGUGCGAGUGAAGUGCAAAGUGCAAGCGGAUGGGAUGUGGUAUUGAUGUGGUCACCGUUGCGAAUGCGGGCGGGCGGCCCCUCAGGCCGGCAGGUCAAUGACAUCGCCGGCAGUACUGGUGCUUUGUCUGACACUUGUUUGUUCCACAAUGGGCGAAACAUCGAAGCAAACAGCUGAUCACGAUAGCAAGCAUAAAAGUAUGCACAACAUAAUGGAACCAAUAGACGGAUUAGUUAAAGAAGUGAAUAAUCAAAAUCUGAAUAUGAAAUCCAGGACCAAUGUAUAUAAUCAUAGGGUAAAUGAUGUAAAUAGUAUUAAAUACGAAACAAAUAGCUAUGGGGCAAGAGAGAAUGAAAUAGUUGAUAAUUUUGUAAAAUACGAUGAAAUUUAUAAGGAAGAUGAAGAUGUGUUAGAGAGAGAUAUAACUAAAAAUAAUGACUAUGUAGAUAAAUUAAGAAAUAGUAAUAAAAACAGUUUUAUAACAAAUUUUAUACCGAAGAAAAAGAGAGUUAAAAGAGAAGAUAAACACGAUAAAUGCAGUAGUUUUUAUUUUGAAAAGGAUAAAGCUUAUAUUUCUCAUCCUCACAUCGGAGACAAAGAGGAUGUAAAUUAUUCCAGUAAUACGUAUUGCACGACAGUUAUAAGUGGUCAAGAAAACCAAGUAGUACAGCUGACAUUUGUUGAUAUGUUCCACAUAGAAGAUCACCCUGAGUGCAGUUAUGACUAUUUGGAAAUCCGCGAUGGUAAUAAAGGCUACUUCAAUCUCCUGGACAAGCUGUGCGGAGAGACCUUCCCCCGGCAGAUCACCACGUCUGGACCUCAUGCUUGGCUCAAGUUCUACUCCGACGACACCAUUGAAUACGAGGGUUUCCGCAUCCAAAUAGCUUUUCUUAGCGUACCCAAUAGUGUCAGCAUCCCUGAGUCGUGCUACAAAGUAUUGGAAGGCAAGUACGGCAGGAUAGAAUCUGACUACAUGGACAAAGACUGCAAAGAGAAGUCGGCCAACCAAGCGCUGGACUUCCUCUGGAGGAUAGACGUACCGGAGGGACAUAAGAUCUACCUCAACUUCACGACGUACUCCGUGGCGCAGCCCAACGAGUGUGAAGAGAACUUCGUGCAAGUGUUCGGGAGUGUGCUGGAGUUUGAUGAAAAGUUGGUCCACUACUGCGGCUCGGUGGCCAACCCGGUGACCACCAAGGACAGCAGCAAGGACAGCGACAGCGCGGACCAGGGCAACGUCAUGCACGUGCGCCUCUACGCGGCCAGGAGCGGGGUGGUCAAGAUCAACGCCACCUUCACCGCCUUCCGGACACUCAACCCUAAUAACAACGAAAAGUGCGUGGAAGACACGGAAUUCGACUGCGAAGACAACACUUGCAUCGCCAUCGAUCUGAAGUGUAACGACUACGCCAACUGCAGACUCAAGGCAGACGAGGAACCGGACAAAUGUCUGCACACAACCGAGUCAAUGAUCCACCAAACACACAUCAAAGUGAUCCUGAUCAUCUUCUGCCUGAUCCUCUCCGGAAUGAGCUUUGUCUUCUUCUUCAAGUGCAUCAGGAAGCUGUACCAAGAUCAUAAGAUUAUUAAGGAGCACAUACGUCAAUCCUGUGAAGACAGGCUCGACAGCAUGGUGAGCAGCCGGCUCACGCUGGACGCGAAGCGACUGCAGCGCGACAGCGAGCCGCGAGCGAGCCUCGAGCGAGACAACCAGACCAAUGAGAUGUUCAAGCAGCAGAGGAAAUACUCGCAACAGAAAAUACGGCCUACCAGUAUAGAUUCGGAUUACAUUCAAGAAACACAUCUAGACCUCGACGACGAACCGUGGCGUAGAGAAGUAGAAGACAUCCCCAAAACAGAAGACGUCAGAAUAGAACGUAACGGAAGAACGAGACGGAGUGACCUUAGUAAAAAGGAAGAGUCUAUAAGAAGGAAAGAGAGUGAAGAAAAGAAAGUAAGAGAAAUCAGAGACGUGUCAGUAGGUGCACCGGACACUAAGGAAUCUGGAUGUCAGACGAGGGAAAGUUUGUUCCAAACUGAUCCAGCUGUAAGUUCGGAUGGUUCGGGCACAACGAACAGCAGAGGUUUCUCCACGUUCGGCUACUCGGGAGCCACCAUCGCCAGGCCUUCGCCUCCUCAGACCAACACCUCGCAGAUCACCAUCGAGCUGAUCAGACAGGCCACCGAGCGCGAGGAGAAACCACAGAAGAAAUUCCCGGACCGGCGACCCAUGAGCACCGAGACCACGCGCUCAGCGCCUGACGUCAUCAUCGUGUCCAAGCCGCUUCGCUGAGGCUGACCCUCGGGGCCCGCGCCCUGGGCGCCGACCCCACCCUGGGGGUCCGCCGCGCCCUACGAGCCGCGCGCCCGCCCCGAGGGUUCCUACCACCCCCAUGUCUGCUACGACAGCCUGUCAAAGAGCGUGUCAUUCGAGACAUGCGACGGCUACUACAGCCAACACUUCGACGAAGGGCCAAAACUCAUAUACGACUAUUGCCUCAAAAGUGACUUUAAAGCUAAGACACUGCCAAGGAACUUGGGUUCCUCUGUCGAUAUCAAGCGGAUCUACCCCCAGAGAAGUGUGUGCUUCUACGGUGUCGACUCCCCUUCUAGUAGUAGGAAGUUUGUUGUGAAAGCCGACAUCGAGGCUCCUAGAUAACGAAGAACUUAGUGUAAGAAUGGGUGUUAUUGCUGAUCGCAAAGUGAUGCCGAUUCAUCGAUAAUGUUGUUUAUCAUUUAAGAUAUCGAUAAUAUCGACAUUGUUAAUAAUACUGAUAAUAAGAGUAUAAUUAUUGUAAUACUGCCGUUCUAUCUAUGGUAUUGUUUGAUAUAAAAAAAAGUAUAGCCAGUGUUGCGUUUUCUUCGAAAAUCCACGAAAUUGUUGUCGACAUUUUUCCCAUUCUGUGUAUGUCAUUUAAAAUAUGUAUAACAAUAAUGAACUUUCUGAUAAAUACGUAAAAAAUUGUGCAUUUUACGCGAUUAACAAAAUCAAUGUCACAGAAUUAAGCCCAACUCAACUGCCACAAAGAGCUGUUAUCAAUAAUUAAAGUUCAAGUUAAUUAAAAUUGUACAAUAGCUAUCAGAAUAAUUAAAGCCGGAUAAGCCAUACAAUGAUUAUAAAACUCCAAUUUGUAAAACUGUACUACAUAGUCGGGAAAUGUAUAAAAUUUUUCCAUUCAUUUUAGGAUUUUUAAGAAAAUUUAUGUAGUUAUUCUGUAUUGUUAUUUCGAUAAAUUGAGGUUGGAGUUAUAUGCUUUUGAGUUAUUUUUUUUAUUUAGUGCAAGCUUUAGUGUAUUUAGUGUAUUACCAAAAGAUAGACAUUUUUAACAUAUGUUCUUAUAUAAUCAAAAAUUUAAAAGUCUUCCAUGUUAUUGUUUAAUAAAAAUAACAUUUUUAUUUAUAAAAAUAAAUACAGUAUAAAUGUUUAUGAGAAAUUAAGAAAUCUUAUUUAUGAAUUCAAUUGUCAGAAUAAAAAAAAUACUUAUAUCUAUAAUAAUAUACUAUGUCUAAUGUCAUAUUCUGUCAAAUAGUUAAUUUUAUUUACUACUUAUUAUAAAUAUUAUAGCACUUAACAACAAAUGAUCUUAUUACAAUACAAGUACAGAAGCAAUCUAAUUAUUGCUUGUACAAUAUUACGUUUUAAUUAUAAUAAGCUUACCAGGCAUCAUUAAAAAUGUUUCCAACAAAAAGGUAAGUAUUAGAGAAGUUCAUGAGGCUUUAUCAGAGUGCUUUUCAAAAUAUUGUGUUCCUUGAAUGACCUAAAAAGGAACCCAUCAAAAUUCGUUUAAUUCAAAUAGGCUCAGUUUACAAGCACUUUUGAAAAGUCAGUUGACUAUUUGUAAAGAUUCUACCAAUUCUUCAUAAAUUUACCAAACCGGCGGAUAAGAAACAAACGCACAAACAGCCAAAAGAAAAUCUCUCUCCUAUUUGGAAGUUGCUUAUAAAGAAAGUUAAAUAGGUAAUUUAACCUAUUUGUUUACCAAUUACCUUACUUCACACCCUCGUUUAAAUGUUACCCUUGAUUUAAUUAUUCAAUAAUUGUUUAUCGCCAAAGUUAUGGCAAUAAUUGUCGUGUCGUAGUUUGGAGUAACUAAUUUGUUGAACGAAUUAGUGGAGGGGUGAGUUCCGAGUUAUGAACAGGAAAUAAAGCCGCCCUUGCUCUACGGAAGUGAGGAAGAUACUGGAGAAGUUUUAAGUUUGUGACCCUUUGUUUUAUCUGAUUCAAUUAGUUUUAUCUAACUUACUUCUUUGAUAAAAAGACGUUUGGAAAAACUUGCUUGAAUUGAAGCAAGUAUUACAAAUCUAUAAUUCAACGGUAGAUUUCCACUAUAUAAUGGUAUUUGGUUUAUAAUUAAGACAAAAACAGCUAUGUGUAUUUAUAAAAAAAUCGGCAUUAAGUUUACCUUAAUAGAGAUUAUCUUGCGAUUUACAAUUUGUUAUUCAAUCUAACUUUAUUAAAGUAAAAAAUAAUAUGUCAUUAAUAAAUUAAAAUAUUUUGAUCUGACUGAACAACUCUGAGAAUUCAUGGAACUUGUGAGGUUUUAGUAUUGACUCUAUCAAGCGCCACGAAAAUGCGACGCGAUUGUCGCGUCUACGUCGCGUACGUAGAACGCCUACGCCAAUGUGUAGAGGCCGUUAGACGGAACACAAAAUACAAUUUUAAAACAAUAAUAUUAACUAUCUAUCCAACGUUAUAUUGUAAGUUAUUUAUAUUUUAAUAGUUUUAAUAUUUUAUAAAAAUAAAUAAAUUUAACAAUAAAAUGUAAAUAGUGUGCAUAGUAGAGUAAUGUAAUUUAUACGUAUUGUUAAAUUUGUAAUUCUUUUGAAAAUAAAACUAAGUCGUUUUU